GUAAAAUCAUUUAGGAAAAUGUUUAAAGCUAAUCGAAAAGGAGAAUAAAAUUAUUAAAGUAGCGCAAUGGAUUAUCAAAAUAUUCAAUAUCGAUCUCCGAAUCAAUCGAAUAGAAUCAUCCUUCCACCAAAUCAGAUCGAUAAUUCAGUGAUAACUCAUUAUAAUUCAUCAGCUUCCAAACUUGUUGGACUACUUCAAUUAAGUUUCGCUUUAUUAGCAAUAUUUGCAAACACAGUUAUAAUAGCCGUUUUAAAUAAUCGAAGUCCUACGGAUGACAAUAAUUACGAGAUGUGGGGCUUUCCAGCUUUUGUUGGUUCGGCCUAUUGGUGCGGAAUAAUAUUCAUGACAUGUGCCUUUAUUGGCUUACUAUCUUCUAGAAAUAAGCAAAAAACCUUAGUGAUUGCCUAUUUAAUUAUGUCUAUUAUCUCCGCUGCUUUUUCAACCGUUGUAGUAUCAAUGGGUAUAAUUGGUUUGUCAGUCGUUGGACCUGACAGCAUGGACAGAGAGACAAGACAUAUCACCAACUCAACGCGUACUUAUGAUUAUUUUUCAAAAAAUGAAAAUUACGACAUCGUCAUGGCUAUGUAUUCAAUUAUGUUACUCUCAGCUAUAAUAGAAGGUAUUUUGGGGAUUAUAUCCUCGUCUUUCUGCUGCUCAGCAAUUUGCUGUAGAAAUAAUAUUAGAAUUUCCGGAGAUAUAAUUUAUAAUUAUGUACAGCAAUUGCAAUCAGAUUCUCGAGCCUAAGAGAUACUUAAAAAGAAUUAUUUCUCUACAUAGUAUAAUUAAGGAAUAUUUUGGACAUGAAUGAUAAAAAUAUGUUAUCUUACGACAUUUAGCUUUUCAAGAAACCCUUUUAGUAAAAUUAUAGACUAAAUAGGUUUGUUUAGUUGGACUCUAAGAAAUAUACGUUAAAUGAAUUCUACUAAUAAAUAGUUAUAAUACUAAUGAUUACUGAAAAUGAGGCAAUAAUUCUAUAUUCUAUUUUAAUUUAUUAUUAUUCUUGUCUUUCCCUAUCCUCUACUCCUUCUUCCCUCCAUCCUAGCUUCUCUCUUUGUCUCAAUUAUCAGUUAAAAAGAAUGUUUCAACUUCUUUAUUUAGCUUCCUUCACAUGAUACUUCACCUUGUUAAAAUCAUUUCCACAUUAAAUAUUCAUGAUGAAUGCAGUUUUCGAAGAAAUUUAAGCAUAUACUCUAAAACUUAUUUAUACUUUAUGCUAUUAGUAAAAGCAACAGGGGACUGAAAAGAAAACUCCCCCAACGAUUUUAUUCUAUUUUUAACUGCUUUUUAAAUAUUUGACAUACUUUUUUAUAAAGAUAUUUUAUGCAAUACAUCAAAUUUAAGUAGAUGAUACUCUAUCAAACUUUUUAAUCCAUAAUGACUUCUUAGCUGUUCAGAUAGUGUAUAAAGCAAAUACGUCAAAAUUAAAUAUACACUUGAAUAUAACGUGCAUACUGUUAAAUAGUAUACACAAAAUGAGAGGAAAGAUAAUAUUU